AUGACCUCCACGGAAACUUCAGCGUCAAGAGUAGUCACGGUUGCUGCUUGCCAGCUUGGUCCUAUUCAUCUUGCAACUUCGCGCGAGGAUGUAUUGAAGCGCAUGAUUGCACUUUUGGAACAGGCCGCAAAACAAGGUGUGAAGCUGGCCGUGUUUCCUGAGCUUGCUUUCACGACAUUCUUUCCUCGAUACUUGCUUGAAGAAAAUGAACUGAGCCACUACUUCGAAACCGAGGAUCAAACUAAGGGAGGUGCCGAACAAUGUGCCAAUAUCAAGCCCAUGUUGGAUCAUGCCCAUUCUCUCUGCAUUGAUGUUUACAUCGGCUACGCAGAGAGAAGUAUUCAAAGUAACGGCUCUCAUAUCGACUAUAACUCCAGCGUCUAUUAUUCUGCCCACGCAAACAAGAUUGUCGGCAAAUACCGCAAAGUUCACCUUCCGGGCACCGUUGAGCCUCGAACUGAGCCAGGUGCCUACCAACAAUUAGAGAAACGUUACUUCCGUUCUGGAGACCUUGGAUUUCCUGCAUUCAGAGCUCCGGGACUUGUGGAUGGUGCGCUGAAAAAGUCAAAUGGCGUUGAAGAUAAUGCAAGUACAGUUGGAAAGGGCGAUCCCAUCAUCGGCAUGCUAAUUUGCAAUGAUCGUCGAUGGGCUGAAGCCUGGCGGGUUUAUGGCCUCCAAGGGAUGGAGAUCAUGUGCUGCGGAUAUAAUACAACAGCUUUCCCGACAUCUGCCAGCGGACACAUGCUCGAUAUGAGUACAGAGGCUGCGGAGGACAUGGUCAUGUUGCACCACAAGCUUUCUUGUCAGGGAAAUAGUUAUAUGAACGCUUGUUUCAGCAUCAAUGUCGCUAAAACGGGCGCUGAGGAUGGUAACCCUUUGAUUGGAGGUACAAUGAUUGUUCAUCCUCUUGGACACAUUAUUAAAGAGGCUGCCACCAACGAGGAUGAGUUGGUUGUUGCGACAAUCGAUUUGGCCGAUUGUCACCGGCCCAAGAGCACGAUCUUUGCGUUCGAAAAACACCGGCGAACUGAGCACUAUAAUAUGAUAUUGGAGCGGACUGGAAUGGUUGAGCCAGAUCUGUUGUAG